UACUCGCAUUCAUUAUUCAGUGUCGUUCAGUAUCGUGUUAGAACCAAAUUUUAGAUUCGUACAAAAAUAAACUAUGGACGGAAAAAAACGUAGAAAUGCUCUUCAAAACCGAGUUUACAACUUUCAAAAAGUUGCGCGCGUGACAAACAAUGGUUACCUGAACUUCUUAAGAGAAUAUAAAAAGGCGCACUGCGGGGUUUCCCCGAAGGACAUGGUACGUUUCGGAGCCAGACAGUGGAAUCAGUUGACCCCUGAUGAUAAGGAUUUUUAUAGAAAAUUGAAAGAACCUGUGACCGUUAUAAAAAGUGCACCUCAGGAGUUUGAGAAUCAGUCCAAAGGGCAAAACCCCGGUAAAUCUGAGCGGGAGAAACGCAGCACAUUUCGCUCUCCCAGUGCCCGUGAGAGGGAGUCCAAGAACAAGAAGAAAUGGAAGCCAUCCAAGUCCAUCAAGAGGAGACCCAGCCCUGUGCUGAGGACUCUCGACCCUUGUCGUCUGGGCUCCGCCGUAGCCAAAAUUAAUUUCGUGCGCAAGUUUCAGAGGGAGAACAACGAUUUGACGGCAAGUGAUCUAGUCAAAAAGUCAACUCAUCUUUGGGUCCGUCUGCAUGGACGCCAGCGCCAACAAUAUGAGAGUCCGCUUUGCCGUAUUAAUAUGUGUAAAUUUGAAGCGAACAAUGUCUUGUAAAUCUCACAUUUCACUCUUCAAUAACAUACAUAUAUGUUAUCUAUUACCACUAAAAAGGAUAUAUACAAAUCAAGAAGAUUAACCAGCAGCGCACAUCGAUUAUAAAACAAAUAAAAA